AUGCCUCUCCGCCUUGCUGCAACUCCCGCAACAGACCACUCCGGAAGCCAAGCCUGCCACAACUUUUUGCAAGCCUACCCUCUCACUGAGUUCCCAAUGACUAGGCCUCUCGCAGCGACCCUUUCUGAAGGAGGGCUGCUGCUGCCGAGAAUUCCCCCAGAUCUGCCUCCAAGUACUUGGGGAAUUCCUUUCCCGAAAAAAGCACACCUCGGUCCCUACAGCCCCCGAGGGGGUCGAGGUGCAGUGUUGAUCUCUGCCAGUCGGAAACUUUGCGUGUUUUUCCUGAGUCUGAUAGGCUUCGUUGUGGUGCCGCAGGUGCUAGCGAAUUCCUGGAGGCCCCACCCUCACCGAUGCACAAAUCUGCCCCCCGCCUUUGGCGCUGUGGCUUCAUGGCCGUGCUCCUCUUUGAACGCACUCCCGCUACACUCUGCUGCAUGCAGGAAGACGAGCGAGUGCGCUGCUCAAAAAGCAAGCGGCUACCCGAGAAAAAGCGCACUGGAGGACGGAGUCUUCUGCGAUCUGCCUUGCCGCUUCUUACGUGCGCGAGGCAGUUCCCAGAAAAUUCCCGGCGGGGCGAGUGGCUUCCAGCACUCCAGCCGAGUCACAGCCACAUCCGACCACUCAUUUUCCAGUCCUCCCCCACUCGAUCCUGCAGUCGUGCCUGUGCUUGCACCUGCAGCGGACGGUGCAACGUCCACAGCGGCAGACAUCGCGGCGCUAGACGCAGCGUCGGCAGCAGCGCUUACUGAGCUUCAUCAGGAAGUGGACGCUUUGGAAUCGUCCCCGGGCCCUUAUGCAGUCGAGAGGGUAGUGACAGCACUUCGAAUACUGCAAGAACUCACCCUCAAGCUCCAACAGGAGGGAGGGCGGCGUGCUGUCUCCAAGUGUCUCCUCACUGAGUUUCAACGGCUUCUGCUACGCCUGACGGGCCUCUUUCGGCUAUGGGAGGAGGAGAUUGUGCACCAAGGGGAGACUCCUCAGGAACCUCCCUCCAACAGAGAUUCUUCUGGCGUGCGCGAGGCCUCGCCGAGCAAUUUGCACCUUGUGCUCCUCCGCAUCACAUGGCAUGUCGCGAGUGCUUAUCUGGAGGCAGCGAUGCAGCUGCAAGAGCAGCAACAGCAACAGCAGCGACUGCUGCAGCUGCUGUUGGAAAGGCAUGCGGGAGAUCCCAGCCUCGCGAUGCUGCUGGCGGAGGAUCUGGUAUUGCUGCAGCGGCAGCGCAGCACCUUUCUUUCUUCUUUUGCUGCUCGCGUUGCCGUUGCAACGAGCAGAGCGGCAGAGGCGCAUCGGAUGCAGCCGAUUCCACUGCCCCAAGAUCUCGAACUGCACUUGCAGCGGCUCCAACAGCUGCAACAACAUGCACGCUGGGAUGCGGUCCGUUGGCUGGAGACUCACGGAGUGUCCACCGAUGAAGCCCAAGCAGUCGCUGCUGCACUGCUGCAACAAGGCGUGCAAGCAGAAGCAGUCUGCCGAGUCGUCACCUCCCUACUGUGCCUCGAGAAGACGCAGCAACGAAGUUCCUGCUGGGCGGAGGGCCCCUCUUUGUCUGCCCCCCACUUCGGCGUGCAUGCGGGAGCCAUAGAGGAGACACAAGCGAACAAGGCUGGACAGGCCUGCUAUUUAGGGAAGGCGAUACACUUACUUUUAGCUCGUGCCUUUGCGGAUGAAGGGAGCAGCGCAGCGGCUCAUUCGCAGCUGCUGCUUGCACACACAAGCCUGUCUACCGCGCUGCAGCAGUCCAAUUAUACGGCCCCAUGGGAAGAAGAGGACUCUUUGUCGGUGGGGGGGCAGCGUGAGACUGUUGCUGCAGCACUCGCGGUUGCUGUUGCAUCCAUGAAGGACGGAGAGCUGGAGAAGGCCUCGGACGCGCUGCGUUUGCUUCCCUCUCGUGUCGCUUUGCGCUUCUCCUCUGCGGUGCUGCCGGUAGCUCUAGAGCUUUCACGGCGCCUCUUAUUCCGUGGGAGGCAGCUAGAUGCCCCUCCUGACAUCUCGGUGGCCUCUGGAAGUUUCCAAGGGGCCCCCCUUGAGGCAAUCUUUACUCAGCAAUUUGAGCACGUCUUGUCGACGGUGGGGGCGGCUCUGCUACAGGGGGAGAAAUGUGAAGAAGUGGCAGCAGAGGCAGUGGAGCUGAGCGAGCUGAUAAUGGCCAUCUGGCACCCAUCGACAGCUAGUGGUCAACUUUCCGUUGCUGUCUCUAAGUUUCUGAAUAUUGUGACGAGGCACUUGAAAGGGCUGCUCUCUCCCAGCCCUACUUGCGUCCCAAUACUUUCCCUACACCAGGAGCGGCUCCUCACUGCUACAGCAAAGACCCUCUAUGGGGGCAUGCGAGAGCACCAGACGCAAGGGGGAGAGUUGCUUUCUCUGGUUGAAGCAGCAGAUAGAGGGCAUGAGGGAGAAGAAGCAGCACAUGCAGCGGAUUCAGGGGCAGGCGGAGACUCUUCUGCGGCAGCAGCGAUUCUAUCGACAGAAGCAGGCAGACUUGUCGGCCUUGUGCAUUCGCUGCAGGCCCUUUCCCGAAAUGCAGCCGUUCCCAUCGGUAUCGAGGAGACUAUUGCAAUAGGGAGAGUCUUGCAUGCAGCAUCUCUUUUGGGGGUUGUGCCAGAGGAGAAACUUGUUCCUGUGUCCCCACUCCUAGUGCCGGCUGCGUCAUCUCUACAGCUUCAUAGGCGAGGCAUAGGUACCACCACGGCAUCACAGCGGCAGCAGCAGCAUAUUAGGCAACCAGCGGGCGUCAUUGAAAGGAGCGAGGAGCUUCUGGCUCUUUUGCGGCGACAGCAGCAAAUGGGGAAUGCAGAGGCAGCUCUUAUGCUGCUGAGGAGGCAAACUGCUCUUGCUGAAGCAGCAGAGACUCUAUUGGAUAAUGUUGGGACUACUCGCGGCGGAGUAGACAGAGAAGGGCGUACUGAAGAAGGCGGAGAGAACGUCAGACGUGAAUGGGGUGACAAGAGUGCGCGGCUCUUGAACUUUUUCGCCGCAAAGCCCACACCAGAUUGUUUCUACUUUGCAGCAGCCGCAGCAGCCGCCGCUGCUAGGCCAGACCUUGCCUUUGAGUGA